AUGGCUUCUCCCGUCGAUAAGUCCCAGGAGGACAAAAUCAAAGAUCUCCUAGAAGAUCUCGAUACCUACAGAUACAUCUAUGAUGAUCUCCUCGCAACGCGGGGUGAUUGUGCAGAAGCAGACGAGCUUCGUGAUGCCAUCAGAAAAAUGGAAGUCCAGGUUGCCGCGCUCCUUGGUUCUCCUAUUCCUACUCCUCCAGCCGCCCUGACACCACGAGUGUUGUCGCCCACUCCGCCAGUCCGGACGCCUGCGGCUGCUCCACGCAUGGCGUCGAAUGGUUUCACUGGAAUCCCCGGGGAUUCAUUUGCGUCCCCUCACUGGCCUUCUGCGGCGCCCUCACCUUUCGCGGCCGGGUCUCGCCAAUCGGCACUGCUGCCAGCUUCACCAAUGGUACAAUCUUCUCCAGAUAAUUCUCGUAAACGCCAGCGUCCGCUGUCUCAGGUCUCGCCCACGAUACAGGGAUCAUCAAAAAGGAUUGCCCCCUCGCAGCCUGAAUCUCGCAAGUCUCAACUCGACGCGAUAGAUGCUGAACAAGAAGCCCGCCUUGCCGAGAAUAACCGCGUGUACAAGGAAUGGAUCGAUGCGGCUGGUGACGAUGCAGCUCAACUAAAGGAACUCCGGGAAGAGUGCGAUGAGCAAGCGAAAUUGAUUGAAACAGAGUUUCAGAUGGAACGAGACGCAGAAUUGGCUCGCGCGCUCCAAGCUGACGAGGACCACAGUCAACUCCCUAUCGAGGGCUUCAAUGAGCAGGAUGCAUGGGAUCUUCCAGACCGCACCCAGCCGGUAAAACUCGAACCUGUUUCAUCAAAAGCUGCUCACGCCCCUCAAACACAUGCCCCGAUAGCCCCAUUCAAUAAACUCACUCCGUUCAAUUCCGACGAUGAUCUUCAAGAAAUCACAGCUGAUUCAUUCAAUUCUCGAUACGGCAAGCAGCCAGCCCGCCAAUCCAAUUCCUUGAACUAUCCCCACCUGCCUUCGCCAUAUUCCAAAUCCCCAUAUUCCUCACAAGCGCCCCAUCCUUCGCAGAUGCCAUAUCCCUCCCAGUUGACAUAUCCCUCCCAAAUGUCAUAUCCCUCUCAGUUGCCAUACCCCUCUCAAUUGUCGUAUCCUUCCCAAAUGACGUAUCCUUCCCAAAUGGCAUAUCCCUCCCAAUUGUCGACUCCCUCAAAAAUGUCAUAUCCCUCAUCAGCAAUUCCCUCCAGAGUUCUUCCCUGGACGCGUGAGCCUUCAUACGCUCCAAUGCCGGGUGCAUUUGACAAGUUUGACAAGGCCUUUGACCUGAUUCGCAACCAGAACGAAAUAUUCGAUGACGAUGCUGACAUAGUAGCCUACAACGAGAAAGAGUUCCCCGAAGAUAUCAAGAAUUUGCUCAGCGGUAUCAAAGACAUUCGGGAGGCAACUAGAGCGGACAAUGAUGAGACACCAAAUGCGCUUCGAGUCACAUUGAUGAAGCAUCAAAAGAUCGGCCUAAGAUGGAUGAAGGCCAAAGAAGAAAGCAAUCACAAAGGAGGAAUUCUUGCAGAUGACAUGGGCCUCGGUAAGACUAUUCAAGCGAUCGCGCUGAUGGUUGCUCGUCCAUUCGAAGAUGAAGACCGACGCCCGACUUUGAUUGUCGCGCCGAAGGCACUCAUGGAUCAAUGGAGACUCGAAAUCCAGCGCCAUGUCAAGCCGGGGAGGCACCAAUUAUCGGUCUUGAUCUACCAUCAACGGCGAAGGCCCUGGAAGGAGCUCAAAAAGCACGAUGUCAUUAUUACGACGUUUGGUACCAUCACUGCGCACUACAAAACAUUGCUCGAAGCGGAAAAGUUGGCAGAGGAAGGACGAGAAGCCUCGAUAAUUCAAGACCGCAAAAAUGCGGCCGGUCCUCUCAAUCCUGCCGCCAAGUGGCACCGAGUCAUCGUCGAUGAAGCGCAGAACAUCAAGAAUCCAAGUGCGAAAUCUUCAAUCGCAUGUUGUCGACUCAAUGCUACCUACCGCUGGUGCCUGACUGGUACGCCCAUGAUGAAUCGUCUCGAAGAUUUCCAGUCCCUAUUGGGAUUCCUCCGGAUUCGGCCUUACAGCAAUCCAGCAAAGUUUAAGACGGACUUCGUGAGACGCAUCAAAUCUGGUUGGGGAGGAGAGGAUGUUAUGAAGCAACUACGCGUCCUAGUCAAGUCUGUCUGUCUCCGACGUACAAAGUCCUCCAAGAUUGAUGGUGAGCCCAUCUUGCAACUCCCACCAAAGGUCACCGAGAAGGUCCAUGUUGUCUUUGAUGAGAGGGAAAGCCAGGUUUACGAGGAGCUCAAUACGACCACUCAAAGGCAGAUUACCCGAUACCUCGACUCCGGGACGCUGGGUAGAAACUACAGCCAUGUUCUAGUUCUCCUUCUCCGUCUUCGGCAGGCAUGCUGCCAUCCCCUCCUCAUGCAGGAGUUCCGAAACGAACCUUCCCCGUCUAUCCCAGGGGUAGAUAAGAUAGCCAAUGCCAAGCUUCUGAGCGUUGCUGUAGUGCAACGUAUCAAAGAAAAUGACGGCGAAGAGGAUGGCACCUGCCCUGUCUGCAUGGACAGUGUCAAAAACGCGACUAUUUACAUUCCAUGUGGACACCAUGUGUGCUCUGAGUGCUGGAUCCGCAUUUCCGACUCUGCAACUGCAAAUGGAGCCAUCAAUCUCGAAGACGAUGGUCCAGCUGUGAUCAAGUGCCAGAACUGCCGAGGGCCUGUGGACCCUACCAAGCUUACCGACACCAAUGCGUUCAAGCAGGUUCACGAUCCAAGCUCAAUGCCCGAAUCCGACGCCGGAGCCGGUGAUAUCAACGGGGCCAAUGACGACGAAGACUCAGAAGCAACAGCGAGCAGUGAUGAGUAUGACUCCGAUAGCUCUACUGAAGAGGGGGAUGGGACAUCAAAGAAGAAGUCGAAGUCGAAGUCUCUGGCCGAGCUGCGAAAGGACGCCUUGAAGAACAAGGCCGAGAAGAAGAAAUACCUUCGCCGCCUCGAGAAGGGCUGGUUCCCCAGCACAAAAAUCACAAAGACAUUGGAGAUCCUGCAGGCCAAUGAAGACCGGGGCUUAGAGGAGAAAACCAUCAUUUUCAGUCAGUUCACCUCCCUCUUGGAUCUUCUCGAAGUCCCCCUCGCCCGCCGCGGCUGGAACCACACCCGCUUCGACGGCAGCAUGAACCUGAAAGAACGCAACGCCGCCGUGACGGCUUUCACCAAUGACCCCGCCUGCAAGAUCAUGCUCGUCUCCCUCAAGGCCGGAAACUCUGGCCUGAAUCUCGUCGCCGCCUCGCAUGUCAUCAUGUUCGAUCCUUUCUGGAACCCGUACAUUGAAGACCAGGCUGUUGAUCGUGCCCAUCGCAUCGGGCAGGUUAGGGAGGUCUUCGUUCACCGUCUGCUUAUUGAGAAUACUGUCGAGGAUCGCAUUGUUACUCUCCAGGACCAGAAACGUGAGCUGAUUAGUGGUGCUCUCGAUGAGGGCGGUACUAUGAAUGUCUCCCGAUUGGAUGCGAGGGAGCUUGCUUAUCUUUUUGGUGUGAGGGACUUGUAA